AUGUCAAUUGAUAAAAAAGUUGUUGAUUAUUCGGUGUAUCUUGUGACGGACUCGUCGCUUGUGCCGGAGUCGUCGAGUUUGGUUCGCCAGGUCGAGGAGGCUAUCAGAGGUGGAGCUACUAUUGUCCAGUUGAGAGAGAAGGAAGCCGAGACUAGGGAUUUCAUAGAAAUUGGUAAAAAAAUUCAUGAAUUGACUAGAAAAGCUGGUAUUCCUUUAAUUAUUAAUGACAGAUUGGAUGUGGUUUUAGCUUUAGAUGCUGAGGGAAUUCAUGUUGGUCAGGACGAUAUGGACAUUCCGACUAUUAGAAAGCAUCUUGGUCCAGAAAAGAUUAUUGGAGUCAGUGUUAGUAAUAUUGAAGAAGCUCGUCAGGCUCGUGUGGAUGAUGUGGAUUAUGUUGGCAUUGGCGCUGUAUUCGGUACUCAAACAAAGAACUUGAAGAAAAGUCCUAUGGGUACCGGCGGAGUCAGUGAAAUAUUGAUGGUCUUGAACGAUGACGAAGAAGAAGAACAAAGUGCCAGUGGUGAAACAAAUGGUAAUAAAUUAGCACGCAGAAUCCAGUCUGUUGCAAUUGGCGGUAUCAACCAAUCUAAUGCUGAGUCGGUAAUCAAGGAGAGCUUUUCAGCACAUGAUCAUCUGGACGGUGUUGCUGUAGUAUCAUGUAUCAUUGGUGCUGAAGAUGCUUUUAAAGCUACUAAACAAUUGAAAGAAACAGUUGUUGAAGCACUUGAUAUCAUGAAAUCCAGAACUAUUAGAGAACUACUUGCUGCUACUACUUAUAUGGUGGCAGCAGUAGCAGAGACAUCGCCAUUUGUUCAUCAUAUGACCAAUACUGUUGUAACCAACUUUUCUGCCAACAUGACAAUCACAGUUGGUGCGUCUCCAGCUAUGUCUGAAUGUGUAGAGGAGUUUGACGACUUUGCCAAGAUUCCUAACAGCUCGCUUCUUAUCAACAUGGGAACUGCUACUUUCGAAGGUCUAGCCCGGUUCCAGGCGGGAAUGAAAGCCUAUUAUAAACAAAACCGACGAGUUGUUCUUGAUCCUGUUGGUGCCGGUGCUUCUCAGCAUCGUAAAAAUGUGCUUCAGCAGUUGUUGGAGCUCGGCGGAUUUGCAGUUAUCAAAGGAAACGAGGGAGAAAUCACUGCUGCUGCUGGCGUUGAAGGAGCCAAAGUCCGAGGUGUUGACAGUGUUGGCAGUGAAUCUAUUGAGAAACGGUUUGAAAUCGUUGAGAAGCUUGCUUCGACGACUGGGUCUGUCGUGCUCAUGACUGGCGAAGAAGACGUCUUAGUUCACCACGACAAAAAGAACACAAGAAAGCUUCUCUUCCGCAACGGCCACGAAUAUCUCAGCAAAAUCACUGGUUCUGGCUGUGUACUAGGCUCACUUGUCACCGCAUUCAGUGCCUGUUUCGAAGACGCCUUUCUCGCUACAGGAGCAGCCCUCCUUCUAUACACAAUCGCAUCUGAGCGUGCUGUCGAGACCGGCAGGGUCCACGGCCCUGGCUCGUUCGUGCCUGCUCUGAUCGACCAGAUCUACCAGAUCUCGCAAGAGUCUCAAAACCGGGACAGCAGCUGGAUCUCACGGGCCAAGGUCUACCCGUACUAG